CUGUCAGGUAUGCAAACGCACGCCCUGUCCUAGGAGGGGCUGGUAUGGAAUAAUCUGAGACAGGAAUAGAUAGUAAAUCCGGUGGAGGUGCUCAGUCCACAUAGAGGAAGUAGCCAGGUAGAGACAUUGGAGACCCAGUGUGAGCAGGAGAUUGACGAGAUAGGAGAUUUCCUGAGAUGGGUCCUUUUCAUGGUUUCCCUAAAAUGAAACCAUGAGUGGUUUGACUGAACAAGAGGAUUUGUAUUCAAUUCCCACAAAAUGAGGAAGAGACCAGGACGAGCAUGCAGUCCAGGAACGGCCCAUGCUGAAGUCUUAAUCAAGUUCACAGAGUACGUCGGUUCGUUUGCUGUGAAGGAACCUGAUUGGAGGAAAAGAGUGUGGAUCAUCGAAGAACAGAUGCGUUCUCUUAAGGAUUGCCCCAGGCGGAGGGCUGUGAUUCUCCGAUUCUGUCUUCAGGGAGUGAAGAUGUAUGAUGCAGAAAAUGAGAUACUGUUGAUGGCCCACGCUCUCCGAAGAAUUCAGUACACCACCUGCCGCCCUGAAGACUGCCAGUUUGCCUUUGUGUCCCAUAAUCCACAGAGCUCUUCUCAUCAACUUUUCUGCCAUCUGUUUGCGGUCAGCCAACCUUACGAGGCUCAUGGAUUAAAUCUUAUCUUGUGCCGCUCCUUCCAACUUGAGUACCUGGUUCGGCACCCCGAGGUACGUGACGUGGAGCCCUCCACCGUGCAAACAGCAUUCAAAAAACCCCAGAGAAAAGCAUCUGAAGAGGAUUUUGUAAGGAAGCCCCUAGAUCCUGGAUUGUUGUCUCAAAACAUUAACGCCUUGAUAUCUUUUCGCCACCUGCCACGGACUGAACACUAUGACUCCUCCAGCAGCCAAGUAUCUAAGGCCACAAGAAUCCCACGAAGCUCUUCACUGGAAUCUCCAUAUUGCUCACCAACAUUGGUUCGGAAAAAAGCCAUUCGGAGCAAAGUCCUCCGAUCCGGUGCCUAUCGCUCCCCUAAUUAUGAGUCCUUACUCCAGCGAGAGACAGAGGAGCAGAGUCCCCCUGAUUCACAAAAUCUUCAAUCAGUCGAUCUCCACGGGAACACGGACCUAAUGCGGGAUGCGGUCUGGUUCUUCGCUGGAAUUAGUAGAGAUACUGGGUUAACGUUACUGAAGAAUGACAGGAUGGGGGCGUUCUUGUUCCGUGCAGAUCCCGGAAGUGAAGGGAAUCUGACAAUGUUCAUAAGAACCCAGUGUGGUGUCAUCCCGUACAAAGUCUACAGAACCUCACAGGGCAAGUACUGCUUGGAGCAUCUCACAGAAGAGUUUGCCAGUUUGACAGCCCUGGUGGAGCACCAUUCAGACCCCGAUGCCACUCUCUUUAACCAGCUGGCUCAUGGCCGUGUCAACCCGUGUUACGAGGUCAACGAACCAAUCGUCGACUUCAAAGAUAUGAUGGAACCCCAAAGCCAACCCCUAUCAGACCCACACUCAGUCUCUCUAACAGAGUCUUCAGUUACCUCAGCUCAAACUCACACCACUCACAGUGAGCUACAGUCCCAAUGUCCACCGUCUACCCCAGAUAUGCCCGGUCCCACUCCUACAGACCAAAGUCACCCCACCUCUAAUAACUCCAACCAUUCACUGUCACCCUCACUUAGAUUCCCACUACCAGAAGGGGGGAGCAGUCCAACACACACAGUCUACAGGUAACAACUCUCUAACUCCCACUGUGUGUUGCUACCACAAUUAACAUUUCAUUAUCUUCAAUCACACACAGUAUUAUUUCCACUAUCUACUAAUACUCACAUGGUUAGUGGUCAGGCACUGUCAGCAAUCCUAAAGAGAGUUCUCCUAACUCACCCAAAAGCUGUAAUGAGGAAUAGAAAGAUAAUAUUAUUAUUAAUAUUUAUUAAGCGCCACUUAUACUUGUAACCAGAUGAGUUGGAUACCCAGGAACAGAGGGAUUGAGUGCCGUGCUCGGUGAGUUUACACGCUAUAGGGAAUGGGGUAUAGUGACACAGUA